GCCGCAAUUUUCAGCUCUCGGACCUUCAGGCGCUCCACUGCUCCUGCCAGAUAACCAGUUGCACUUUGGCAUCUGGCCAGGUGGAGAGCUGUUGCCCACUUUCUCAUGCCCCAACAGUGCCUCCCAAACCACCGCAGGAAUGGAGAGCAGUCAGCCAAUCAACAUCAAUGAUGCUGUUACACAGAGGAAGAAGAAACGCAGAACUCGGGCUGCGGACAGUUUCACAGGCAAAUUUAGCGAUCUGUACAUGCUGACGGAUGAGCUGCUGGGUCAGGGCGCCUAUGCUAAAGUCCAGGGCUGUGUGAGUUUACAGAAUGGGAAUGAGUAUGCUGUGAAGAUAAUCGAGAAGAACGCUGGUCACAGCCGCAGCCGAGUUUUCAGAGAGGUGGAGACGCUUUACCAGUGUCAAGGAAAUAAGAACAUUCUGGAGCUCAUCCAGUUUUUUGAAGAUGACAGUUGUUUUUAUCUGGUGUUUGAGAAGUUACGUGGAGGUUCCAUUUUAACACACAUCCAGAGACGAAAAUACUUUGAUGAGAGAGAGGCUAGUCAUGUGGUCAGGGAUAUAGCACAUGCACUGGACUUUCUGCACAACAAAGGAAUCGCUCACCGGGACCUUAAGCCUGAAAAUAUCCUGUGUGAAUAUACUGAUAAGGUUUCUCCUGUGAAGAUUUGUGAUUUUGACCUUGGCAGUGGAGUAAAGCUGAACAGUGCCUGUACCCCAAUAACUACCCCUGAGCUCACCACACCAUGUGGCUCAGCAGAGUACAUGGCUCCCGAGGUGGUCGAGGUCUUUACGGAUGAGGCUUCUUUCUAUGAUAAGCGCUGUGACCUCUGGAGCCUUGGGGUCAUUCUAUACAUCCUGCUUAGUGGGAGUCCCCCCUUCACUGGCCACUGCGGCACCAACUGCGGCUGGGAACGAGGAGAGACGUGUCGUGCCUGCCAGAACAACCUUUUUGAGAGGAUUCAGGAGGGGAAAUAUGAAUUUAGGGAUGGAGUCUGGGCUCAGAUCUCAGCCGAUGCCAAAGAUCUGAUCUCGCGGCUGCUGGUGCGAGAUGCCACUCUACGGCUGAGUGCUGCCCAGGUCCUGAAGCAUCCCUGGGUGCAGGGGAAUGCACCUGAAAGAGUUCUUUCAACUCCUCGUGUUCUACAAAGAAACUGCAGCACUAAAGACCUGACAAGUUUCGCAGCCGAAGCCAUUGCAUUCAAUCGACAACUAUCUCAGCAGGAGGAAGAGCAGGAGGACUUCGGUGCUGUCGUCUGCUCCAUGAGGCUCUCUCCUCCCUCUAACUCCAGAUUAGCCCGUCGCCGAGCACAGUCUCAAGCACUACGCACCAACACUUGAUGCCUACCCACUCCACAGGUGCUCCAGUGAUGCACGUACACCCCAUAUAGUGCGUUAUAUCCCUUCAUACAGUACACAUACGUUCUCUGGCAAACGGAAUGGGUUCUAACCGUAAAGCACUCUAACCCUGACAAACACAUGUAUACUAACCUUAUGUAUACAAACCAGUCUUUCUUUCCAUGUAAUGUGAGUUUUGGGUGUUUUAGGCAUCAGAAACUUUUUUUUAAUAUAUAUAUUUAUUACCAAAUAUUUAUGGCUGGUGGUGCUUUAUAGUCAGAUAUAAAAGGGGUGCUUGGCUCGGUUUUAAUUUUGAUGUAACAACAUCAGUGAGGCUUUUUAAUUACAUUAGCAUGAGUUUUAACAUUUUUAAAAUCCACUUAGUUACUGUAAAGCACUGGACCUCUUUCCUCUGUUACUUUUUACUAUUAUUUUCUAUUUCUUGUUUAUUUUGUUUUAACAAAAGUCUAAUGUUUAUAGUUAUUGUUGAGUGAAUAAUGUUUUGGUUUAUUUGAGCUAUGUAAAGCCAUGCUGCCUGACAGUAGCAUAUGUUAAAAUUACAUUAUGAAGUGUAUCAUUAUGUAUGUCUUAUGUGGAAAUGCAAUCGAGAGGUAUGCUGCUUGAAUGAGGGUGCAGAUGAGGUAUUAUAGACAUCUGACCAUUUAGCUCAAACCGUUAGUAAAUAUUGCACAGUAUUUUUGUCUUUUCAGAUAAUUAUAUUUUUUCAUUUAAUGUAUAUUUUUUCAUGGUUCUGGUUAGUGUGUUUUAGAGUGUUGAACAUUAUUUUGUUUAAAAUGUGAAGUAUUUUUCUAUGCAUCAGGGCAGUGAGCCCAUUCUGCAGCCGACUCAGUUAUUAGGUGGAGUAAGUUUUAUAUUUUUAGUUUGCGUUCAGUGGAAAUUGUGCCAUCUUUAGGGGGGCAUAGCUCCUAAUUUGCAAAAUAACUAAAUUGACCUCUUAGUUGCCUUUUGUAUUAUCAAAUUAUAAAACAUGCACAGUUAUUUUUCCUGUUAUUUGUUGCUCAAAAUGCUACUUGAGUUUAGAUUAAAUGCUAAGAAUUUAGUGGUUAUCCAUGUAUGUACAUUUAUGAGUAUGUGUUGGGAAACAUUUCCUGUACCAGGGAUGACACCAGAGGGCGCUACCUCAUAUUAAUGGCUAUGUUCUCAGUUCUCAGUGCAAUGCAGUAGCCUAUAUUAGUCUAAAUUCAGAAAUUAUGUCUAUGGAAUGGCCAUUUAAAACUCUGGGACAUAUCACAGGUCACAAGUGUUCAUUUGGUUUUCCCAUUUUGAGAAAUAAAGCAGUUUGCACUGAAA